CGCAGAGAGAGGCAGAGCAGCAGCAGCAGCAGCAGCAGCAGCAUCCAGCUAACCAGCACAAACUCAUCAUUCUCCCUCUUCUCCCUCCACCAGCGAGGUGUUUUCUCUCUGAGCAUCCUCCGCAAUUAACGAGAUAAAAGAUAAGAUGGCCACCUCCUCCUCCACUUUGGAAGAAGAUGAGAGUUUAAAGAGCUGCGAAAUUUUUGUGCAGAAGCACAACAUUCAGCAGAUCCUCAAAGAGUGCAUUGUGAACCUCUGCAUCGCUAAGCCUGAGCGUCCUAUGAAGUUCCUGCGGGAGCAUUUUGAAAAGCUGGAGAAGGAAGAAUGCAAGCAGAUUAUGGCACGCCAGAAGUCUAAUAGCCAGUCAGACUCACAUGACGAUGAAGUUUCUCCUCCACCACCUAAUCCUGUUGUCAAGGCCCGGCGCCGACGGGGAGGAGUCAGCGCAGAAGUGUAUACUGAGGAGGAUGCUGUCAGCUAUGUGCGCAAGGUGAUUCCAAAAGACUACAAGACCAUGACUGCCUUGGCCAAGGCCAUCUCUAAGAAUGUGCUAUUUGCUCAUCUGGAUGACAAUGAGCGAAGUGACAUAUUUGAUGCCAUGUUCCCAGUCACCCACAUCGCUGGGGAAACAGUUAUCCAGCAAGGUGAUGAAGGGGACAACUUCUAUGUGAUUGACCAAGGUGAAGUGGAUGUCUAUGUAAAUGGUGAGUGGGUGACCAAUAUUGGAGAAGGAGGUAGUUUUGGAGAACUGGCCCUCAUCUAUGGGACUCCUCGAGCUGCUACUGUCAAGGCCAAGACGGAUCUUAAACUGUGGGGCAUCGACCGAGACAGCUACCGACGCAUCCUCAUGGGUAGCACAUUGAGAAAGAGAAAGAUGUAUGAAGAGUUUCUCAGUAAAGUCUCCAUCCUCGAGUCUUUGGAUAAGUGGGAGCGCCUGACGGUGGCUGAUGCUCUGGAGCCUGUUCAGUUUGAAGAUGGAGAGAAGAUUGUGGUGCAGGGAGAGCCUGGUGAUGACUUCUUCAUUAUUACAGAGGGAAUAGCCUCUGUUCUGCAGCGUAGGUCUGACAAUGAGGAGUACGUGGAGGUUGGACGCCUGGGACCCUCGGACUACUUUGGUGAGAUCGCCCUGCUGCUGAAUCGUCCCAGAGCAGCCACGGUCGUGGCCCGUGGGCCCCUCAAGUGCGUGAAACUGGACAGGCCCCGCUUUGAACGCGUGCUGGGGCCGUGCUCGGAGAUCCUCAAGAGGAACAUCCAGAGAUACAACAGCUUCAUCUCUCUCACCGUGUGAUAGGGCGGACCCUCCCACAGGGCCUCACCAGCAGGGUUGUGCAACAUCAGCAUCACAGUUUUAGUGAGUGGGUGGGACGUGGGGUGUGAGGAUGCAGGGUGAAGACGACAGAUUUUCCAUCCACAGUAAUGGAGCACUUAUUUCCUGCCUUUUUACGUUUCAUUUUGCGCUUUUCUUUCUUUUUACCUUGUGCACUUUGACUCGAUCUGUGCUGUCAUGUAGCUUUAUGUAGAAAACCACCACGUAGGGGGUGUGCAAACCAGAGCGAAGGCGGAGAUCAUUUAACUCGUGAUAAAUUGUAAAUGAGUCAUGCAUACAGUGGAUCUGCUGGAUAUGAUGCAUCCGAGACUGACAAAGAAUGGGGUCUGCACUUUCAAGUCAUUUAUGAAGUAUGUCUGAAGUAAAGUCAUCUUUACGCACAACGUGAGGAAAUGGGUACACAGCUUUGCUCGCUGGUUUUUAUUUGCCUUUUUUUUUUUUUUACCCUUUGGGUGUGUUUGGUACCACUUUUAAAUGAAAUUAGACUCCACAUACACAUGUUCACUAUGACGUACCAGUUCUCUUGCUUUAGAGGUAUGAAGAAAUAAAAUCUUGGCUGUUACAUUCCUUGUUUUGCUUCUUACAUACGCUUUUUCUGUUGGAAGUUAAAUUCUUAAUUUGUUUAUUUAAAAAAAUUGGUGUACAGAUAACGUGAAAAUACCUUAACCCAACAUGAAUUGGUCAUACUACUAAACGUCUUACAUGUGCAUCAAUAGCACGAUAUAGCUCAUGCGUUUCACAGAGGUCAUCGUUGUCCAAAAGCUGAAAAAAAAAAAUCUUUGCACUGGUCACUUAAUUAUAUGAAUAAUGAAUUAUGAAAUGUAUUUUAGUCUUUUGAGAGUAAAUCCUGUAAGGUUAACAGAGUUUGCUGCACAUCCUGGGGAACAUAUGACAUGUCUUUUUUCUCUGUCUUAAAUUCUGUAUUUAUUUUCCUUUGUUUUCAGUUUCCACUGCACAAUAUUAGGCUUGGUUUUAAGAAAUUGUGUGCACGCGUUCUCAAGUAAAUGUAAAUCAUUCACAUUCCUUCUUUAUAAAAGACAGUUUUGCGUGUUAAUUGUUUAUCAGUCUUACCCCAGGUGUGCUAAAACUUCGCAGAGGUCAUUGUUAAAGUUUAAAUUUCCCUCUGGUUCCUCCAGUUUUCGGACAGCUAUGCUUCAGAACAAUCAACUAGACUUUUGACUCACAGGCAAUAUUUGUCAGUAGGAUUCAUUUCUUCUUGGUCUUUGCCCCUGUUAGUUGACAACGAGGAAAAAUAAGCAAAAUCUUUCAAGUUGUCCAUCAACAUUUUGCAGUUUUUGUACGUGGUGUGUGUACCAGUCAUGUUUUGGGAAAACGUCGCUCUGUAAAGUACAAAUUUCCUCUUAUUACUGGCAGCAGCAGGGUCUGAUCUGUGAGCUGUUUUAAUCCAAAGGCACAUCAGUGUUAUCAGUCUGCUCUACACACACGGAGUCUGAAACACACAACUGUACUUGAUAUGCUUACGCUGUCUCAGGACUAAAGAAAUCUUCAACACAAACACACAAACGUCUUACUUGAUGCUUCUUUUUUUUUUUCUUUUAAACUGAUUUUGUUUGACGUUAUAAUGCUAGCUGAAAGCUUUUGCACCAUUUUACAGUUUGUAACAUUGGGUCAAUACAGCAGUGUGAUUUAGCUGUUUUGAGACAUUACUUGUGUGUUCUAUUUAAGAAAAGAGUAUAAAAAUAUGAGCUUGUGUUGCUUUCCUUUGAUCUCCUGCAAUAUGUCGAAGUUGCACAAAUGACUCAGCAAGUGAUGUAUAAAUGGGACCUUAAGAAAAGAGUCCUGCAUUCUUUUUCUUGUGUAUCUUUUUUCUUUCAACUAUCAAACCAUCUUGAGCUAAUAAAGAUAAGCU